AUGUGGGGCCGUCAUUGUUGUUUCUGCCUUUUCAUUACAAUUUAUAUCUCAUGUACAUUAAUAAAUGUAUUUUGUGACGAGUCAGCCAGUGUUGAGGGAUUGAAUGAUGUGAAGGCAUCCACUGUAACUGUUUCGGACUUAACUAAUGAGUCCCUUAGAAAGCUCACUGAAAGGUCAGACGAGCACUUGUUUUCAGCAGAAGUCCCCAAAAUGAUGAAACUUAUCAUCAACUCAGUAUAUUCAAACAAGGAGAUUUUCCUACGUGAGUUAGUUUCGAAUGCAGCCGAUGCCGUUGAAAACAUCCGCUUUCAGUCCAUAACGAAUGCCGAUGUUCUCUCCUCUCUGUCUGACCUAUCUAUUAUGAUUAAAACUAACCAGCAUGAAAAGACAAUCUCAAUAAGAGAUACCGGAAUCGGCAUGACCAGAGACGAGUUAGUCAAGAACUUGGGCACAAUUGCCAAGUCAGGGACUUCCGAAUUGCUGUCAAAGCUAUCUGAAGGAAAUAGCUCUGCACCCACUGAUCUAAUUGGACAGUUUGGGGUUGGAUUUUACUCAGCCUUCUUAGUCGCUGAUCGUGUAACGGUUAUUUCAAAGCACAAUGAUGACGACCAAUAUGUCUGGGAAUCGGACUCUACUUCCUUCAAAAUCGCAAAGGAUCCCAGAGGCAAUACACUAGGACGUGGUACUGAAGUGAUUUUGCACGUGAAGGAUGAAGCAAAGGAGUACCUUCAGCAGGACGUCUUGCGAAAGAUUCUCAAAAAGUAUAGCCAGUUUGUUAUGUGUCCAAUCAAGUUGUGGGAGAGCCGAACCGUAAACGUCGAGGAAGAUGUCGAAGAGGAGAAGGUCGACUUGUCGGACGAUAUCUCGGUGGAAGAAGAAAAGCCCAAAUCGAAGAAGACGGUAGAGAAGACGGUAUGGGAUUGGGUCCAACUGAAUGAUCUGAAACCUAUUUGGACUAAAAAACCCUCAGAGGUAGCGGAGGAGAGCUACAAGGAGCUCUUCAAAGUAUUGUCUCGUUCGAGUGAGAGUCCUCUGGCACAUAUUCACUUCUCCGCCGAGGGUGAAGUGUCAUUCAAUGCCAUUUUAUUCAUUAGUCCAGUGCCUCGUCCUGACCUUUUCCAAUCGGACAAGCUAAUCACGGACAAUAUAAAGUUAUACGUUCGCAAAGUUUUUAUCACCGAGAAUGUAGACGAAAUGCUCCCUCGCUAUUUGAGUUUUGUUUAUGGAAUCGUUGAUAGCGACAAUCUCCCACUGAAUGUCUCUCGUGAAAUGCUGCAACAGCACAAACUCCUGAAGCUAAUUAAGAAGAAGCUUGUUCGGAAAGUCAUUGAAAUGCUUCAAAAAAUGUCGGAUGAGGACUACGAAAAGUUCUGGAAAGCAUAUUCUGUUGCAAUUAAGUUAGGAGUUCUGCAAGACGCACCCAACAAAGCUCGGUUGACAGAACUUUUGCGAUUCUAUACUUCAAAGUCAGAGGACAAAUUAACUUCAUUCAGCAACUACAUUUCAAGAAUGAAGGAAGGUCAAGAGCACAUAUUUUACGUUGCUGGCCAAAAUAUUGAUGAGGUGAAGACUUCCCUUUUUGUGGAGCGCAUCAAACGAUUGGGUUUUGAGGUUAUCUACUUCACUGAACCAAUGGACGAAUACGUAAUGCAGUCUCUACACGAGGUGAUGGGCAAAAAGACUCAGAAUCUAGCUAAAGCGGGUCUUGAUUUGAAACUCGACAAGGAGAAGUUUGAGGAGCAGGAAAAGUUGUUUAGGCCGUUGACUGAUUGGCUGAAGGAUAAGGGCUUGUCUGGUAAAAUCAAGGAUGCUAAAAUUUCUCAGCGUCUUGAGAGCAGCCCAUGUGCGCUGGUGGCUGAUGAGUACAUGGUGUCCGGUAACUUCCAAAAGGUGAUCCUGGCCCAAGCCUACGCCACCUCCGAUUCCGCUACCAACUCUUACUACCUCAACCAGAAGCAUACACUGGAGAUCAAUCCGCGUCAUCCUCUCAUAAAGAAACUUAAUGAACUCGUUCAGAUCGAUCCCGACGAUGAAGUUGCCAAGGAGAAUACACUUCUCCUGUUUGACACGGCUGUGCUUAGAUCUGGUUACAUCAUGCAGGACCUAAGCGGUUUUGCUGAACGAAUUGAGCGCGAGUUACGGAAAAACUUGGAUGUGGAUCCGGAUGAACAAGUUGAACCUGAUGAAAGUAUUCCAUCGGAAACGGACAGUGCUAACGUGACUGAGAUGGAGUCAGCGGAUGUGAAGGAAGAGUUGUAG